AUGCCACCUACCCGCCAUCGACGAGAGAUGAAGGAAAUCAAGCACAAAGAUCGUUCACUCGGGAACUUGUGGAUAAACGAUCCAGCCAUAAACGGUAUCAUACCUUGGGUAGAACUUCCCGGGCUUAGGUUUCUGAGCAGAGAAGCUGCAACAACAUUCCAUAUAUUUCUACAGCUUCCGGUGGAGCUUCAAAGAAAAAUAUGGAAAUGGUAUGGCAGAAUCCACGCAAGAACUACUCCCAACGUCAUCAAAAUCUUCAAGCACACAAAAACGGAGCUAGCCGAGGGUCCGCUGCCUCUAGGUAUUAGAUACAGAAAGAGUCUUAUAGUAUCUACAAGAUCUCAAGCCGUGGAGUACAAGCUACCUCCUAUCUUUCUUGUUUGCAGACUUUCAUGCCUCGUUGCCAAGGAAUUGUACGAGAAGGCAUAUCAAGCAAUUCCAAUGGGUACAAACGAUAACCAGGUGACAUACUACAACGGAGAUAAGGAUAUUAUCGUAUUGGAAAGUUUCCAUGUACUCCAAGAGUGGAGAUACAACCGACAAACGGAUUCCGAAUUUCAAGGACUUGUUCCGACAAAUCUCACGCAAGCAGCACAAGAAGUAAUAAAUAGGAGAAUCAACAUCAGAAAUUUAGUUAUUGAUGGUAUGACACAAUCACCCUUGACACACAGAUUACUAGGAAGAUUUUACGACUGCAAAUCCAUCACUUUGGGGACAAAUAGAAAGAUUCGCAAUGCAGGGUUUUCCACAUCCGAAGUCCACGAAGCUGAUCGUUCGCUUCUCUUAGGAUGCCGAGAUACAAUUAUUCGCUACUGGGCACAAGAACGAGCAGGGAAUUUCGUAAGAGAGGAUUAUCGGGGCAAAGAAACCCGAUCUGUGGUAGUGCAGCCUAGUUGGGAUUCCUCGGAGACAAUGAUAUCAAAUCCUGUGCUGUUUUUCUGGGAUCCUUAUGAUAUUUUGCAUAAAGUGAAAUAUUUGCAUCCUGCUGUUAGACGGGAAAGUAAGGAAUAUGAGGGUUUUAAAAGCGAGUUUAUGUUCAUGAAUGAUCUCAAAUUCUCACAUGAUCAUGUUAGACAAUUUGAGAACCCGUGGAGAACUUAUCUUGGUUGA